CCCAGACCCACCCACCCACUGUAGCUGUGUGCUCAGGCAAGCGGUGGUGAAGGAACAGCUCUAGCAGAGGAUGCUUUCGGGCGGGGGUGGGGGGGAGAACCAAAUCUGUGGAUCCAAAUCUAAGCUGAGAGCCUUCACUUUCCACUGGGUGAGCCCCUCUGUCCUUCGGUCAGCCUCCGCUCCAGACACAGCCAGCCGGGCCGAAGGUCUGCAGCUGGGUCGGGCUGUGCCAGCUGGACCCGCCCCGAGCUCCAUGGUUCGCCCAGCCCCGCGCGAUGGUGACUCUGGGUGCGGAGGGUGGCUAUGGGAGAGCCCGCAGAUCGCAGCAGCGUGAAGGAGGGGAGCGCGGCGGGCGGCGGGCGGGGACUGUCUCCCCGACCUCAGUACCCAGAGAAGCGGCUCAACCACCUGAACCCCGAAAAAACGCCAACAAGUAGUUUCUCCUUUGAGGAGGGCGGCUCAGCUGGUCUCAGAGACUCCGUCCGACUGCAGGAAGAAUCUCGUCCACAGGGAGACCCAAGCAGAUCCACUUUACUCCCGGUCUCCUUAAGUCAUGUCUGAGCCACAGAGAUGGGCAAGAUCGAGAGCAACGAGAGGGUGAUCCUCAAUGUCGGGGGUACCAGGCACGAAACCUACCGCAGCACCCUCAAGACUCUGCCUGGAACUCGCCUGGCCCUUCUUGCCUCCUCUGAACCUCAGGGCGACUGCCUGACUGCAGCUGGUGACAAGCUGCAGCCGCUGCCCCCUCCGCUGUCUCCGCCGCCGCGACCGCCUCCCUUGUCCCCUGUCCCCAGCGGCUGCUUCGAGGGCGGCGCAGGCAACUGCAGUUCGCACGGUGGCAACGGCAGCAGCGACCACCCUGGGGGAGGCCGCGAAUUCUUCUUCGAUCGCCACCCAGGAGUAUUCGCCUAUGUGCUCAACUACUACCGCACGGGCAAGCUGCACUGCCCCGCCGACGUGUGCGGGCCGCUCUUCGAGGAAGAGCUGGCCUUCUGGGGCAUCGAUGAGACCGACGUGGAGCCCUGCUGCUGGAUGACCUACAGGCAGCACAGGGACGCGGAGGAGGCCCUGGACAUCUUCGAGACACCCGACCUCAUCGGGGGCGACCCUGGUGAUGAUGAGGACCUAGCGGCCAAGAGAUUGGGCAUUGAGGAUGCUGCGGGGCUGGGAGGACCCGAUGGCAAGUCUGGCCGCUGGAGGAAGCUGCAGCCUCGCAUGUGGGCUCUCUUUGAGGACCCCUACUCAUCCAGAGCCGCUAGGUUUAUUGCUUUUGCUUCUUUGUUCUUCAUUUUGGUUUCCAUCACAACCUUUUGCCUGGAGACACACGAAGCUUUCAAUAUUGUUAAAAACAAGACGGAGCCCGUCAUCAAUGGCACCAGCCCGGUCCUCCAGUACGAAAUCGAAACCGAUCCUGCCCUGACAUACGUGGAAGGAGUGUGUGUGGUGUGGUUUACGUUUGAAUUUUUAGUCCGUAUUGUUUUCUCACCCAAUAAACUUGAAUUCAUCAAAAAUCUCUUGAACAUCAUUGACUUUGUGGCCAUCCUCCCCUUCUACCUAGAGGUGGGACUCAGCGGGCUGUCCUCCAAAGCGGCCAAAGAUGUGCUCGGCUUUCUCAGGGUGGUUAGGUUCGUGAGGAUCCUGAGAAUCUUCAAGCUCACCCGCCAUUUCGUAGGUCUGAGGGUGCUCGGACAUACUCUUCGGGCGAGCACCAAUGAAUUUUUGUUGCUGAUCAUCUUCCUGGCGCUGGGAGUUUUGAUAUUCGCUACGAUGAUCUACUACGCUGAGAGAGUAGGGGCUCAGCCCAAUGACCCUUCAGCUAGUGAGCACACGCAGUUCAAAAACAUCCCCAUUGGUUUCUGGUGGGCCGUGGUGACCAUGACUACCUUAGGCUAUGGGGAUAUGUACCCCCAAACAUGGUCAGGGAUGCUGGUGGGGGCCUUGUGUGCACUGGCCGGAGUGCUGACAAUAGCCAUGCCUGUGCCUGUCAUUGUCAACAAUUUCGGAAUGUACUACUCCUUGGCAAUGGCGAAGCAGAAACUUCCAAGAAAAAGAAAGAAGCAUAUCCCUCCUGCCCCUCUGGCAAGCUCACCUACAUUUUGCAAGACAGAAUUGAACAUGGCUUGCAACAGUACCCAGAGUGACACAUGUCUGGGCAAAGAAAACCGGCUUCUGGAGCAUCACAGAUCAGUGUUAUCAGGUGACGACAGUACAGGAAGUGAGCCGCCAUUAUCACCUCCAGAAAGGCUCCCUAUCAGACGCUCUAGUACCAGAGACAAAAACAGAAGAGGGGAAACGUGUUUCCUGUUGACGACAGGUGAUUACACGUGCGCUUCUGAUGGAGGAAUCAGGAAAGGAUAUGAAAAAUCCCGAAGCUUAAACAACAUAGCGGGCUUGGCAGGCAAUGCUCUGAGACUCUCUCCAGUAACGUCCCCCUACAACUCUCCGUGUCCUCUGAGGCGCUCUCGGUCUCCCAUCCCAUCUAUCUUGUAAACCAAACUGCAUCAAUCGGCUAAAUUUUAUCAAUACCACCAACUACUGUUUACCCUGUAAUGGAAACAAUUAACUGUAGCGUUUCUCCAGGCUCCAUUAAUAACAGUGUAGCUCCUGCAUGAUAUUACUAUUUGAAGUCAGAAAUGCUACUCGAGUAGCUAAAACAUCUUAUCCUGGCUUUAAAGAUGAUCUAAAGUAGUGCUACUACUCAAGACAAAUUGUCCCAGUUUCCUUUCGCAAUACAGUGACCAAUAGUGUCAGAUAUCGGCCAGUGCACUAAUGCAUAAGCCAUAUCUUCAGGGAGAUAUACUUUAAUAGUGUGCUUCUAAAUGCCAGCCACCUUUCUGGACCUUCAUUUCUUGUGACUCCAAACCAUUCUGAAGAUGUCUGGGAUCCUAUCUAGAUCACAUAGAACAUGACUUUGGUCAGUUCAUUGGCAUGGACCAUCUUGUCUGCAUCACCUGAAUACAAUGUUGUAGGGUCCUGGGACUGGAUGGCUCGGGACACAUGUACUUGCUUCAAACCAUCCUGCAAAUGUGAAAUCGCUGGGAGCCUGUUCUGCAUGAUGAAUUGUGGGGCAGGGAGGGGUGCCUUUCUCCUUGCUAUCCCCUGCCCCUUCUUUGAUAGAAGUAUUUACUUUAAAUACCUUAAUAUUUUGACUGAUCUCUUUUUCUUUCUUUUUUUUAUAUAAAAAACAAACAAACAAAUGCUGUAUUGGUGUUCUGAAUGUUUUUGGUUGUUUGUACACACAGAUAACUGCAAAGAGGUUGUCAUUACUGGUUACACGCAAGCCGAGGCCAGAUCUCUUACUUAAUGACUUGGGGAAGGCACAAAACAUGAAAGAAAGGUAACAGCUAACCAGGCUUGCAUUGUUUAGCCAAGAAUCGCUGCUUGGUACUAGAGCCAUUUCCCCCCUUUAAGUCCUAGAAUUUGUCAUUAUUUUUAGAGGUAGAGGGCCAAAUAUUACCCAAAGCUUUUGUCUUUUUUUUUUUCGUGCCUCUUUAUUUUUUAUUUAUUAUUUUGUGUGAACAUUAAAAGUUACUGGUGUUCACCGGAGGCUUUUUUGACUAGCCUUAAGAUUAGCAUCAAAGGACUAACCAGAAUUUUCAGGCUGUGUUUAAUCAGGUGCUUCGUCCCGUGUGUUGUCUCCAUCUGUCUGUCUUAGCUCCCUGUCUUAACUCUAUAUGCUAUCUGUCUCUGUAGAGGGUAGACAUGCCCUGAUUGUCUCUUUGAACUCCCUACCUCCUGCCCAUGUCUUCUUGUAUGCAAAACUAAUGAUGCUGUGUAGACUACCUAGAUUAAUAGGCACUGUGAAUAUUUUUUUCCAUGAGCAGGACCGAAGCAGCAAUUCACCAUAGUUCUCUGUUCCCUACGGCAGUGCUGGUUUCUACUGCCUAGCAAUCAGCAUUCACCAGUACGUUCCAGGAACCACCCCUAGGGAGUCUUUUUUAUUUAUUUAUUUAUUUAUUUUCAAUCUGGAGAGAAGAUAGUCUGUUUACACAUCCCUACCAAAUGCUGUAGCAAUAGUGUAUCUGAUAUUUUGGGUAUGCGAGGGAAGGAAAAUGCCAUAAUAUAAUCUCAGCCUAGACUUUAACUUUCAAUGAAUUGAUCCUUAAGCGUGUUGAUGAAUUCCUGAUUCUCAUGUUUAUUUUUGAUAGAAAGGCAAUUGUCACUUGUGUUAUUGGAUAGAGACGUGUGUUAGUCUCCAUUCCCAAGCCCUAGAGCAUGAGCUGCAUGUCAAGAGAUCUUGUACAGCAAUGCAUUUACCCAGACGUAAAUACUCAAGAUUUAGAGACACCGCGAUUCUUUUGGUAACACCAUUCGUAGAAUGCUGUGAGUACUCAGAGAUUUACAGUAAGGAAUUAACAUGCUGUCUGGUGCUGCUGUUAUUGACUGCAGUGUUGUACAGAAUUUAUCAUGGAUUUUUGACCGCUGAAAAAAGGACAUUGAGAUUUAGCCAUUCCAAGGAUUGUACCGGAAAACUUCUGCU